AUGCCUCCAAAACUGAUCGAAGAGCUUUUGAAGCUCAUUUCCCUAGGCGAAGUUCUCAAUGAAGCCCAGCAAAAAGAAAUGAACGAUUACAAGUUCUGGAAGACCCAGCCGGUUCCCAAGUUCGAUGAUGUUGUGGAGUAUAACACUGAGGGACCGAUCGAUAGCUCAAAGACCCCCAAAGAUAUUCCUGCCGAGCCUUUGCCUCUUUUGAGUGAGUUCGAAUGGUCCACAAUUGAUGUCGACUCAAAGAGCGAGUUGGAUGAGGUAUACGAGUUGUUGUACCAGCACUACGUCGAGGAUCAAGACGCUACCUUCCGUUUCAAAUACUCGCACGAAUUUUUCCGUUGGGCAUUAAAGCCUCCCGGUUGGAAGAAAGACUGGCACGUCGGUGUGCGUGUGCGUAGCUCGAAGAAAUUGGUAGCCUUUAUCGCUGCUGUUCCAGCCAACUUGAAGUUGCAAAUCACCGGUAACGAAAUCCCCUCCGUCGAAAUCAACUUCUUAUGUAUUCACAAGAAAUUGAGAAGCAAGCGUUUGGCGCCCGUUUUGAUUCAAGAGAUUACUCGCAGAGUCAACAGGGAAAAUAUCUGGCAAGCCAUGUACACCGCGGGUAUCGUGCUUCCUUCUCCGGUCACCACAUGUAGAUAUACUCACCGUCCUCUUAACUGGUCUAAGCUUCAUGAUGUUGGUUUCUCUCAUCUUCCAAGCGAUCAGACAAAGGCUGCAAUGGUGGCCAAGUACGCUCUUCCAAACUCGACCAAGACACCAGGUCUCAGACAGUUGGAGGAGAAAGAUUUGGAGGAGGUGCAAUCGCUUCUAACCAUUUUCAUGAAAAAAUUUGAAUUGGUGCAGACCUUCACGUUGGAUGAAAUGAAACAUUGGUUUUUGGGUGGAGAGGAGCGCGCUUCUGUUAUUAAAAGUUACGUUGUGGAAGACAAAAAUGGUAAAAUCACAGACUUCUUUUCAUAUUAUCUUCUUCCAUUCACUGUCUUGGAAAACAGUAAACACGAUGAGUUGGGAGUCGCUUACCUCUACUAUUACGCAACUGACAGCGCCCUUGGAGAACGCGAUGUGUACCAGAAAAGAUUAGUCAAUCUCGUGAAUGAUGCAAUGGUCACCGCCAAGGAAUUUGGUGUUGAUGUCUUCAACGCAUUGACCUGUCAAGAUAAUUCAUUGUUCAUCAAGGAUGCCAAGUUCGGUUUGGGCGAUGGUAUGUUGAACUAUUACUUGUUCAAUUACAAAGUCAAGCGCAUGUCUGGAGGAAUUAAUGCUACUACCAAAGAGGUCGAUACCGAGGGAAGCGGAAUGGGUGUUGUCUUAUUCUAG